ACUGCUGAAACCACUCAAAGCGAUACGAGUGUCUCGUCAGGGGAAACAAGCAAAAGAAGCAUUCAUUUUCUGCCUAAUGAAAUAAAACUAGAUCCUCAACUAGAAAACAAAGACUUAAAUACCAAAGAAAAAAGUGAUCCAGGUGUGGAUGAAGAUGAUGUAGAGGGAGAUUCUUUUUUUGAUGAUCCUAUACCCAAGCCAGAAAGAACUUAUGGUUGGAAAACGGAAGCUAAUAAAGCAGGAGGUCUAGCAUCCCUUUCUGAUGCACCGCCUCUAAAAAGUGAGUUAAGCUCCCUGACUGGUGCACCUUCACUAAAGGAGCCUGAUAAUUUGAAUAGAAACUCUGUUUUGAAAGACCUGCGGUUGGUGAAUGCAAAACUGGGAUCACUAGAAUUAGGAGCUGGAGAUGACGAUGAGUAUGCUGAUGACUUUAACAGUACUAGUCAUCGCUCAGAAAAAAGUGAUAUCAGUAUUGGUGAAGAAAUAGAUGAAAUUUCUGUGGAAACAGAAGAGUCAAAUGCCAGUGAUAAACUUGAAGGCAUCACGCAAGACCUUACCAUUUCUCACUUAAGCGAUGUUGCAGAUUAUCUAGAAGAUGUGGCAUAGAAUUGGACAGCAAAAAAUGUUUCAUUGUGCUGGACUAGAAGACUGCUGUGGACUGUUAAAUUCAGACAAUCACUUUUUGCUGGAACGUCCACUCCCUAUUUGUGCCUUGUGUUUCAAAAAGACUGUAGGUGGAGAAGGCUUUUAAAUAUUCUUAACAAGAACUAAAUGAAAUAGUGAGUUCCCAUUUGAGUCUGAUAUCAGAAUUAUUUUCUUCAUUUGGUUCAGCCAAACCUUUUACAGCAGGAGGUGGAUUUUUCAAGCAGAAUGUCCAUUGCUGGCAGUGGGCAUAAUAAAAACCGAUUAUUAAGAGAACAUCUACAGAGAGUCAUGUGGCUUUAUAAUGAACUUGCACUGUUAUUGUAACAGUCUGCUUUUUUUUUUAAAGAUAACCAAAGCAAGAACUUUCAGAGGUAGUGGUUCAACUCACACUUCUUUUAACA